CUGAUUACCUUCCUGGUUGCUAUAAGUCUAGUUCUGAAACAUUGUUUACAGUUUUGAAGCUACAGAUAAUGGCAAGCUCUGUACAGCCGUGUGGUGUAUGUGAAUAUCAAAAUGUCUUCAAACCAGCGUAUAUAUGGUGUCCGGAUUGCGAUGAGGGCCUCUGUAUAGACUGCAGUAAGCAUCAUGGCAUUUCCAAGUCAACACGAAAACAUAUCACUGUACCGAUAUCAGAAUAUCGACAGCUGCCGUCUUACAUCACAAAUAUUAAGCAAACAUGUAGUGCACAUGAAGAAAAAUAUCAAAUCUACUGCAAAGACCAUGAAGAAGCAUGUUGCAGUAAAUGCACCGUCGAAAAACACGCGAAAUGUCCAAAUAUUUUCAAUAUUGAUGACGUUGUCAAAAACACAAAGACAUCAUACGCUUUUCUGGAAAUUCAUGAGACAUUAAACGAAGUUGCUGAAAACAUCAAACGGAUCCGUUUAGAUAAGAAUGAAAAUCUGAAAACUUUGUCCGAAAAAAGAAAACAGAUCGAAUGUGAAAUUCAACAGGUUCGUUUAAAUAUCAACCAACAUCUCGAUAAACUGCAAGAGAACUUCUUAUCAGAAUUACUUGAGAUCGAAAAAAGAGAAAAUAGAAAAAUCAACCAGUUAAUGAAAGCUCUAGAUGAGCAUGAAAUUAAAGUUGCCGAGCACCAUAAGAACAUAGCACACAUAAAACAACACGCAUCAGAUAUACAGACCUUCCUAGCACUGAAACAACUUGAAGGUGAUGUUGAUGACAAAUGUCAAUUCAUUGAUUCAAUAACCGAAAGUGGUGUUCUAAAUCGUGUGGAGAUCAAGUUUAACAUUAAUACAUCACUGACAGAUAUUACAAAUAGUGUUCUUGAGUUUGGAAAAUUAUACAUUGACAACACCAGAUCCUCAGUGAACAUUGUGAAGAAAAAACAGCAACAAGCUCAGUUGGUAUUACAUAAAUUAUCACCCGUCGUGCCCAUUGAGAAUAUACAAGUCAAGUUAGAACAGACUAUAAACACGGAAUUAUCUUAUGUCAGAGGCUGUUGCAUAUUACCUAAUGGUAGAUUUGUAUUCACCUAUCCAGAUUUAAACAAAGUAAAUGUAGUUAAACAAGACGGGACGGUUGAAUUGUCUUUAAGUGUAACAGCAGCAUAUGGUAUAGCGUACAGCAAUGAGGAUACCACUUUAGCGAUAUCAUCCUGUUGGAAUGGCAUUGGCAACCAAAUAACAAUGAUCGAUUUACCAAAACGAAAAGUAAAUAAAACUUUUUCACCGGGAGGACGAACCACUGGUUUAGCAAUGAUAAAUACAACGCUGUUCUAUCACAUUAGAAACAUAGCAAUCCGAUCUAUGGAUCUGACUGACGAAUCAACACGUGCUAUAACUACUGAGAACAUGGACACAACAAUCAACAUAACGAUAUCUGGACACAAACUUUAUUAUUCCAGUUAUAAGUAUCAUACAGUAGUAUGCUGCGAUCUGCAAGGAGCAAAACAAUGGACAUUCACAUAUGAAAACGUUUUAACUAGCCCAUCUGGAUUAACAGUUGACAAUGCUGGUAACGUGUAUGUGGUAGGGAGAGAAUCAAAGAAUGUCGUAGUUAUCUCACCAGAUGGUAACAAAUAUAAGGAGCUCUUGACUAAAAGAGAUGGUCUUGAUUCCCCAUGGUCAAUUAACUUUGAAAAGGAAACUAAUCAGUUAUUAGUGGCAAAUAAUGAUAAAAAAGCGUUUUUGUAUAAUGUAUCUAACAAUUAAACCAUUUCAAAUAUAUAUAAAUAGGGCAUAAUUGAAUGAAAUACAAACGAGGUGCGUCGAAUAGAAAUUGACCCUAUGAAAAUGAAUAUCAAAACAUAGGUUAACUAUUAAAAUUCUGGUUGAACAAAUCUCUGCAGAAAGUCUUUAACUGUCUGAAAACUUGGUAUUUAUAAGAACAAUACGAAUUAGACCAAAAAUUCAUCUUCUAAUUCGUAUUUGAAUGUUCCAAAACCAAUCAAAGUCGUAUACAUGCACUUG